AUGACUGAGGCCAAAUCCGACGCCAUCUCGUCAAGUGUGCCCCAUUUCCCAGGUAUCACCAGGCUCUGCUUCAGUCCGGAUGGAGGUACUAUCUACACGGGUGGUGCGGAUUGCCUCGUACGAGUGUACAAGGCAGACGACCCCGACGCCGAGCCUGGAUUCGACGACAACCAUACGGAGGGUGUAGUGUCACUCGCAAGCUCGAAAACACAUCUCUUCACAGCAUCUAUCGAUGCUAUCGCUCGGAAAUUCUCUCGUCCAGGAGACGAGUUUGAGGGGUAUCUCGCCCGGUCACCCGGUGUGCCGAUGCGAUGGGUCAGCGUAAACAAGCAGGGCGAUAAGGUCGCUGUAUGUGGAGACGAUCUGCUGGUGAAAAUCGUGGACGUGGACGAUGUGGAGAAGGUCGCGGUGCUUUCCGACAACCCGAAGAGCGUUAGGUCUGCGGCUUGGGACCCCUUAGGGCAAUAUCUGGUCACCGCAGGAUGCGAUGGCAAGAUCAAGAUAUACGACGUUGGCGGGACAGCCCCGUUCAACCUCAAGAUCAUGGACGGUAUCAUCAGCCCAAGCGAAGCCGACGCGACGACCUCAUGCUAUGCUUGCUGGCAUCCUUCGGGCAAAUACUUUGCCGUGCCUAUGCGGACCAACGAUGUCGGUAUUGUGAACCGGGAAGGAUGGACGAAGCAAGUGGCGUUCUCGCAGGAUGGGCAUAAAUCUCCCAUCAGCGAACUCGCAUGGUCUCCCAAUGGCCGAUACCUCGCAUCCUCCGCCGACUCCCAAAUCCUCAUCUGGUCCAACGAAACCCGCACAGUCGUAACCAAAUUCACAAAUCCCGACGGCGCCGUCACUGGCCUCGCCUGGUCUCCUAUCUCCAACUUCAUCGCCUUCACUGGCGAAGACGGUUCCUUCUCCCGCUGGACCAACCCUAUCCCCGAGGACUUGGCCAGCCCGUUCGCAACCGACGUACAAGAAAACAAGCGCGUCGAGAAGUUGCUGGAUGACUUUGGCGAUGACAUCGAUAUGGACGAUCUGGGGCAGGAGCUGGACCUGGAUGGGGAAUUAGGGGAUGAUGGGGUGGACGCGGAAGAUGAUUGGAUUGUGGACGAUCAGGGCGACUAUGGAACCGAAAAGAAGUAUGGAAAGGGAAGGCAGGAAGUCGUCAACGUGACAAAAGCGCAGGCCUCAUUUACGCCUGGCAGUACGGUCAUGAGGAACAAGAAGCGGUACCUGGCUUUCAGCAUGAUCGGAGCUGUAGACGUGUCUGAUCAGGACACCCAUCACGUCGUUAACGUCGAGUUCCACGAUAAGUCUAUCCGGCGCGGCUACCACUUCCAGGACCACUCCAAGUACUCUAUGGCAUCUAUGGGCGAACAAGGCAUCGCUUUCGCCUCGAGCUCCACCGCCGAACAACCGUCAGAAGUCCAUUACCGCCCGUAUGACUCGUGGGCCUCCCAAGCAGACUGGACGUUCCCACUGCCAGCAGGCGAGGACGUCACCUGUGUCGCGUGCGGUGGACCGCCCGAAGAAGCAGGGCUGGGCCAUGUGAUUGUCUCGACAUCGAGAGGUUAUGUGCGGUUCAUGACUGCCUCGGGGGUCCAGCGGUAUCUGUGGAGAAUAGGAGACGAGGUCGUUUCGAUGGCGGCGGGGAAGGAGGCGGUAUUUGUGGUACAUCGAGAAGGAGGGACAAGUCUUGACGGAUGUCAGAACCUGAGGUACACCAUUAUGGAUCUGGACACGUACGAUGUUCUUCAAGAUGGGCGGAUACCAUUGCCCAAGAAGACGACUAUCACUUGGUUGGGCUGGACAGCAGAAGGGGCUCCCGCCAUGUUCGACUCUACAGGCGUUCUCUCCAUGCUCGACCGCUUCAGACGGCCCGGGCAGGCUCGAUGGGUGCCAAUACUGGAUACUGCCACGCUGAAGAAGGAGGGCAGGGUGGAGCGGUACUGGCCUGUCGGCCUUGGGUUGAACAAUAUGGCGUGUGCAAUCUUGAAGGGGACAGAAAAGGAGCCAUGGUUCCCUAGACCAUUGCUGCAGGAGGUCCUGCUGCAGAUGCCGCUCCUGAACAUAGAAGACCAAACUGGAAAGUUCGAAGAAACCCUCAUCCGAAGCCAUAUCACCGUCUCCCUCCUCGGCGACACCCCCACUACCGUUGCCGAAGCCGAGACCCACGAGGCCCGGCUCAGAAUCGAGCAGCGACUCUUAGCGCUCGUCCAGACCGCUUGCAAGUCGGACAACUUGUCUCGCGCCCUCGACCUCGCGCGGAUGAUGUACAACCCCCAAACCGUCGAAUCCGCAGCGAAGAUCGCUUCGUUCUACCACCUCGGCGGGCUCGAGGACCGGAUCAUGAACCUCCGGAGACAGGCGAAGGUACGGGAGAAGAAGGUUGAGCGGCUCGAUCGGGAGCGAGCGAAGGAGACGGAAAGGCGAUUCCCGCCUGGUCAUUCCGUCUCGAAUGGCGGGUGGGCCGGGAAAAGCAAGACGGAUGUGGGAUUCGCGCCUAGGGUGGCUGGAAGGCGGCACUUUGAUGGAGUCAGAAGAGCAGAGACGCCCAUGUCUAGCGGUAUGACCGGGAGGGAUACGGUCGUUCCGGAGACGCCGACAUAUGAGGACGAGAUGCCGAGUUUUGAUGAGGUAUAUGGGGAGGAAGUGAGGGAGGCUUCGCCAGGCGAGAAGAGGAAGAGGCGAGAUGAGACGGAAGAGGAAUUCACGGCGCCCAAGAAGCGCGGAGAGGAGUCUGUUGCACCUGCUGACUCUGUAUCAGCCGAAGCGAAGAAGAACCCAUUUGCGAAAAAGCCAGCGGCGAGCAAUCCUUUUGCGAAGCCCGCAGUACCUGUCAGUCGGAAUCUGAGCACCGUAAAGUCCACGAGCUUCUUUGAGCGGGUGGACGAUAUCGAGACGUCUGGCGCGCCUAAAUCCAAAGCGAAAUCUACCAAAGCUGCCAAAGCUGCCGCAUCGAAUGGGACUGGCGGGAAGCAGACCACGCUGCUCGGAAUGAAGAAGUCCAAGCCGGCAGCCGCGCCCGCGCCUGUGCCUCAGCCGAGCCACGCCGACUCGGCGGACACUGAGGUGUCGCAGGUCCCAGCUGAAGAAGCGGAGGAGGAGUAUACCGAGACGCAGCAGGAUGAGCCAGAAGGGGAGGAUACGCAGGAGAACAUUUUGGUCACAGGAAAUCAGAGCUGA